AUGCGCCUGUUGCGCAAACGUGUUCUAUUCGCGGCGGCGGCGGACCACACGUCGGCCGUGGUGCGACGCAGCACCAUGUUGUGGGGGGCCGCGUUAGUGCUGAUGCUAAAUCCCCACACGCGGUUAGUUAGCGCGGCCGAUUCGAUUUGCGAACGGAUUGAUUUCAACGAUAUCAACACCUGGAAGGUUCGACAGUGUUCCGGUGAGGUUCGCGAAAUUUUCCGCCUGAAAACCUACGCCACCACGCCGGCGAUACGGCCGUUCCGCGAGCGCAGCACCUACUUCCUGUCGAACGAUGUGCGUGGCAUUAGCUGCACCGAGUCCAUCAAUAGUUUCUAUAUGAACGGCUACACGGAAAUACGGAUGAUUUAUCAGCUGAUGUUCAACAAUCCGUGCUCGCUGACGCUGAUGGUGUACGAUUUGGAUCAAACCGAUCUGUUCGGUGAUCCGCUGAUGGCUCAGAACUGGACGACCCGUGCCGAAACGACCACGUGGAGUCUAUUCGUGGGGCAGGUCGAGCGGGAAAUCCGGCGGGCCCGAAUAGAGGUGCAGGCGGACAUGAGCGCGGAGGGGCUGCUGGCGAUCGAAUACAUUACCGUCUUCAACCCGCUGGUAAUGGAACAGUUCUGCAUAAUUUUGGAUGAGUUCUACACCACUCCGGACUUCAGCACUGCCAGACCAACCACCGCUCCGGUAUCUACGAUACCACCAACAAGCCGACCGAUAACAACAACGUCAACACAAAGGCCCACAACAACAACUCGGUCUACCACGGAGAGACCAACAACCACGACGAUGAGAACUACAACAACCCAGCCAACAACAACAACUCGGUCUACCACGGAGAGUCCAACAACCACGACGAUGAGAACUACAACAACUCAGCCAACAACAACAACUCGGUCUACCACGGAGAGACCAACAACCACGACGAUGAGAACUACAACAACCCAGCCAACAACAACAACUCGGUCUACCACGGAGAGUCCAACAACCACAACAAUCAGAACUACAACAACCCAGCCAACAACAACGACACGGUCUACCACGGAGAGACCAACAACCACGACGAUGAGAACUACAACAACUCAGCCAACAACAACUGUCCGACCGACGUCAACAAGUACUAUCGCCAGCACGACUAGAAGACGGCGCACGACGACGACGACGACAACCGAGACUCCUUCGGAGGAAACUUCAGCCACAUAUCCUCCUCCGCCCAGCACGACACUGGCAACGACCAUCACGCCCGUCAGCUCUUCAUCCACUGCCCUGCCGACCACAGUGGAUCAACGUAGCACGACAAACCCUUCUACGGUCACCACCGGCUCCCCAACAUCGCCGUCGUCGUCCUCAUCGUCAUCGUCGAACCAAUAUUCAUCAACAAUUGUCCCGAGCCCCACCACACUGCCCAUCGUGGGCCGUGCGUCAGCCGCCGGCCUCUGGAUAGCGCUGAGCGGUGUGUUCAUGGUGCUGCUGGUCCUGACGUGCGCGGUAUCACUCUAUCUAUACCUGGCCGGCCUCCAGCUGCACCGUGCCCUCGGCAGUGGUGAACGCUUUCUCCGCCUGCACCGAAGGAAGGCCACACAUGGCGACCGGGAACGGCAGCACCACCCGCCAACGGCCGCCAACUCGCCGACCAACUUCGCGGCGGACGAACUGCUCUACAACCGCCAUUUACAGCAGCAGCUCAAAACCCGGCUCCGACCGAAACACCACAGCGUCAGCAGCAUUAGCAACAACAGCAGCAAGGCAAUCCGUCAACAGUACCCCCGAAUCAGUGUCAAUCACCACCGUGGGACGGGGCCAGCCACAGCCAGUGCCGCCGGCGGGCCCACCACUACCACCACCAGACCCAGAUUCCCCGAGCUGGAACCAAUGGACGAUAUCGACGAAAUCAAGUACAAGAAUAGACUCAACAAGCUGUAG